AACGAAUAUAGAAAGCGUUUAAACAAAAUUUACAAGCUCGGAAUUAAAAUCAGUCCAUCGUCUACAUCGCUCGCCCAAUACUUCUCCUCCUCCUGGAAUUCUCCCCCUUUGAUCGCUUCGCCACAAGGCAACGAAUUUCAUACUUCCCCUAUUCCCAUUAUAUACCUUCCUCUCUGCCUCUCUCCUCUCUCUGUCUCUCCCUCCCCGUCGGAAUAGCAGACGGCUGUGAAAAUGGCGGAUACCCACAAUCACGACGACUUAGACCAGCUGCUCGAUAGUGCUCUCGAUGAUUUCCAGAGUCUCAAUUUUGCGGCUCCAGCCUCACAGCAGCGAAGCGCUGGCGGCGAUGAAGAGAGGAUGAAGGUUGAGGGGUUUGGUGAUUUGCCAGCUGGGAUUCAGGGUUUGGGGAUGGGAUUGCCCGGCUUGAAGAAGAGCAAGAAGAAAGGGAAGCAAAUGGCGGCUGCGACAGCAGGAGAUUCUUCUACUGGUCAUGUGGCGGAGGCGCUUGAUAAGCUUAGGGAGCAGACGAAGGAGGCUGUGAAAGGAAUGGAGUCUGUGACUAGUGAUUCAAAGGGUGAUGACAAGGAUGUUGCAAUGGAGGCUUGGGUUAAGCAGUUCGAGGAGCUCGCCUCAACCCAGGACAUGGAAUCUCUGGUGGAGUCCAUGAUGCAGCAGCUGCUGUCAAAGGAGAUUCUUCAUGAACCCAUGAAGGAAAUCGAAGGGAGAUAUCCAAUAUGGUUGAAGGAUCAUGAAUCUAGUUUGAGCAAGACAGAAUACGAACGUUAUUCCCAACAGUACGAACUCAUAAAAGUUCUGAACCAGGUUUACGAGAACGACCCCAACAACUACACCAAGAUUACCGAUCUCAUGCAAAAGAUGCAAGAGUGUGGGCAGCCACCUGAUGAAAUCGUCCGGGAACUCGCUCCUGAUCUUGAUUUGGCUAGCCUCGGUCAGAUAACACCAGAGAUGAUCGAGUCCCAGCAAAACUGUAGCAUAAUGUGAAGGAAGACAGACAGAGAUACCUUUGCUUAUUGAAAGAAAGCCUAUGAUCAAAUCAUCUUCACUUCAUGUUCUACUCUUUAUUCCUGUAGCUACUUUUGAGUGAAACAUUCAUCUACAUGAAGAAGGUAGUCUGGUCUGGCAUUCCACCAUAUAUUACGAAAACACACGAAGGAACAUGGUUGAUUGUCGGUUGUCAGUUAUCACAAACGCAAUCUCCAGUCCUCUGUAUGACUGUAUCAACAAUCACAAGAAAGCCAUGUAAAGCAAGAAAACCACAAAAACUCUGUAUAACACAAACUUCUCUUAUGUAUGUUCCUCUAGAUACUGGAUUACUGGUCUUUGGACUUCGAACGAAUGAAAGAAUGAAUGAAUCGCGCGUUACAGAUAAACAGGAAGGAAGGAAGAAUGAAUCACAACUGAUUCUAAGCAAGUAAAGCAUCAGCUGGAAGCCAGUGCCUGCCAUUAACAAAGCUCUUGGCUAGAAACUUGUGUGCAGAAUCAUAAUCUAGCUCUCU